AUCCAGUCGCUGCGGUCCCGCUGCGCGGCCACGCGCCUCUGCCAGUGAAGCCAGGCGCUAUUUCUCCAGUCCAGAAGAAGAUGGCAAAGGUGACUAAGGACCUCAACCCCGGAAUUCAAAAGGAAAAUAUGCAAGUCCUGCAAGUGCAGCCAAGAAGACCACUGCCUAAGCUCUGACCUGGAAGAUGACCGGAAAAUUGGCCGUUUGCUGAUGGACUCCAAGUAUUCCACCCUUACAGCCCGAGUGAAAGGGGGGGAUGGCAUCCGGAUCUACAAAAGGAACCGUAUGAUCAUGACUAACCCUAUUGCCACUGGGAAAGAUCCGACCUUUGACACCAUCACCUAUGAGUGGGCUCCCCCAGGAGUCACCCAGAAACUGGGCCUCCAGUACAUGGAGCUCAUCCCAAAGGAGAAGCAGCCAGUGACCGGGACCGAGGGUGCCUAUUACCGCCGGCGCCAGCUCAUGCAUCAGCUGCCCAUUUAUGACCAGGACCCCUCGCGCUGCCGCGGACUUUUGGAGAAUGAGUUGAAAGUGAUGGAGGAAUUUGUCAAGAAAUAUAAGACCGAGGCCCUCGGUGUGGGAGAAGUGGCCCUCCCAGGGCAGGGCGGCUUGCCCAAGGAGGAAGGGAAGCAACAGGAAAAGCCAGAGGGUGCAGAGACCACCGCCCCAACCACCAACGGCAGUAUUGGGGAUCCAUCCAAAGACGUGGAAUAUGUCUGUGAGCUCUGCAAGGGGGUGGCCCCAGCAGAUAGCCCUGUGGUCUACUCGGACCGGGCAGGCUACAACAAGCAGUGGCAUCCAGCCUGCUUCAUGUGCACCAAGUGCUCUGAGCCGCUGGUGGACCUCAUCUACUUCUGGAAGGAUGGUGCACCCUGGUGUGGCCGCCAUUACUGUGAGAGCCUGAGGCCCCGGUGCUCCGGUUGUGAUGAGAUAAUAUUCUCGGAGGAUUAUCAGCGCGUGGAAGACCUGGCCUGGCACCGAAAGCAUUUUGUCUGCGAGGGAUGCGAGCAGCAGUUGAGUGGCCGGGCGUACAUUGUCACCAAGGGUCAGCUUCUAUGCCCAACUUGCAGCAAAUCCAAACGCUCCUGAAAGGUUGCCCACCCACAGCCAGA